CGCUCCGCGACACAAUUGUCCAACACCGGCCCGGGGUGGGUGCACGGAGGACCAUAUACAGGGGUGCAAGCACCGAACGGUUAUGAACCUCACGUGGCUUGGAGUGUGAAGCUACUAUUCGUCAACGCAUCUGUUUCUGUUGAGGGUGGCAGAGGUGGGCAGUAUACGGUGUAACAUUGCACCGCCAGUCCCUCAUUCGUUGUAUUGUAAGCGGAAUUGUGCAUUCUAGAAGCAUGGUACACUCCACAACUGUCCGCAUUAUUCAUGGCGGUAUCAGAUUAGAACGCCCCACGCCACAACACGGUGGGUGAAGACAGGAAGAAGUGGAACCGGAGCGAAGCUACAGUGGGAUCGAUGCGGGCACGAUGAAACUGGAAGCAAAUUCGAAGCUAGUGGACGUUCAGUCAACAGUAACCGGUCGUCGCGUUUGGAUUCAUUUCUGUUUUUGUGCGGUUCCAGUUACCAACCACCAGGACUCCGAAAAAUGAGCUUGGGAAGGAAUCGAGCGAGUCUGAUCUGUGAUACUGGCUAAGGAUAUAUUAAGGAUUGUAAGGAAAUAGAAUCCGUGAUCUGCUGUGAUAUAUUUUCUUAUUUCAGAAUACAGAGAGUGUGCAUACUGAUAGGCCGACAUUGUGCGGGUUUCAAUAGUUGAUCGUUACUUCCCAAUCCAAGGCAGUCGCGGCACAUGUUUUAGUGUGUGAUUGGCAAUCAAAUCUGCUGCGUCGCAUAAACUGGAAGCCAUUGAAUGAGUAGGAGAAUUUGUUCAGUGUAAAUUGUUCAAUGCUAUGAUUUCGUGGUGACGAGUGGUUAUAAUAAGUAAUCCAAGAGAGCUAACCUUCCCGAAAAAUUAAAAGUGCUAAAAAAAUGGGGCAAAACCUUACAAAACGUGAUACGAUACGGGCAAAGCAUCUGGGGCUGUGAUUUUAGUACGUUCAGUGAAUAAUAAAUUCUAUUUAAAACAAUUGUGACAUUUCGGGAGACUGCAUGAAAAGAAACCUACAGGAAGGAGACGAGGUUUGCCGUACCACUGCAGGACUUGCGUUGUUGUCCAUAGACUGUCGGCUGGAACAAUCGGUUAGUGGCAGCGUAGCAGAGCAUCAAUCCAAACGCAGACGCUGCAGUGCCAAGAGACGGAGUAUCAUCGAGCAGCUGGACAACUGCAGCAGCAUCAACAACAACAACGAUACGAUGAGUGCCGCCGGGACAGAGAACAUGGAGGGUGCUGAAUCGACACACAACACCAAGAUUUCCGACUCGGGAUACUCAAACAGUUGCAGCAACAGCCAGUCGCAACGAAGCGGCAGUACCAAGUCUCGUCACAGCGGGAGCAACUCUUCCGGUAGCAGUGGCUAUGGCGGCAAAGGAAUUAUCCAAACAGGUACCGACGUGCCCCCGCAGCAUCCACCCACCAAGCGCACAAAGGACAAGGAUCGCAAAAAGAAAAAGUUGAAAACAUCGGUCGAGUCCCCACUGACUGUUAUUGGGAGUACGGGGGAAGAAGUCACAACGGCGGACUUUUCCACGACAUGCCCAGGAGAACAACAGAAAAACGUUGGCCACCCUUCCGUCUUCGGUCAAUGCGAAGCUCAACAGAAUCAGAGUCACGUGGACGAUGCAGGUGAAUCGAAUGGAGAUGAACCUACAACUAAAGAAAACGCUCCUGCUGUGCAGGAGUCUGUGGUGGAAGGUGAAACCACUCAACUGCAUUGUCCCCUACCGGGCCCAUCACCGGUGACAAAUGUUAUAACAACGACCGAGGAAAACCAGGACUCAAUCUGCGAAGUACUGGAGGGAAUACAAGAAGCCGCACAGGUUGGAGGCGCAACGUCUGCAAACUUGAAACCAGAAACUGAAAAUGGCUUCUGCUGUGUAAUUUCGAUGCAUGACGGAGUAGUUCUAUUCACGACGCCAAGUAUUACGUCUAGCUUGGGAUUUCCCAGUGAUAUGUGGUUGGGACGAUCGUUCAUCGAUUUUGUACACUCGAAGGAUCGGUCCACGUUUGCCAGCCAAAUUACGUCGAAAGUCGUCGUUCCAUUAGGUGAAUCCAAGAGUGGUGCCGGCCACAAGGAUCAAAAGAACUCUCUCUAUGUAAUGCUGCGCAAAUACAGGGGCCUGAAGAGCGCAGGAUUCGGAGUCACAAAAACUAGUGUCAAUUACGAACCUUAUCGCUUGGUGUUAAAUUUUCGAGAAGCACCUAAUGAGACUAGUGAAGACAUUCCGAGUACCGGGAGAAAUAUUCUGCUGAUUAUUUCGGCUACGCCGGUCAGAAGUGUCUACAACAAGCCAAACGAGCAACUCCAUGACAAGGAUCUCAAAUUUAGUACGCGUCACUCAACCAACGGAGUAUUGAACUACGUGGAUGGAAAUUCGGUGGAAUCCAUUGGUUAUUUACCUCAGGAUAUUUUAGGUCGUUCGAUUAUGGAGUUGUACCACCCGGAAGAUUUCGCUAUUUUGAAAAAUAUUUACGAAACAGUUAUGCUUAAAGGGCAGACAGCUGGAGCGUCAUUCCUAAGCCAACCCUAUCGAUUCUUGGUGAACAAUGGCUGCUAUAUAGUGCUGAAAACCGAAUGGGCAAGCUUCGUGAAUCCGUGGUCAAGAGAGCUGGAGUUUGUUAUUGGGAAUCAUUACAUACAAGAGGGUCCAUCUAACCCAGAUGUAUUUGAGUCCAAAUUUUACUGCAAAGAACCAUUGCUUUUCACUGAUGAGAAAUUAAAAGAAGCGAAAUUAAUUGAAGAGCAAAUCAUUCGAUUAUUGAAAGAACCUGUACCGAAGGCUUCCGACAUGGUUAAACAAGAGGUUACCAAACGAUGCAAGGCGCUGGCUUCUUUCAUGGAGGAGCUAAUGGAUGAAGUGGCCCAACCGGAACUUAAACUGAAUUUAUUGAACGAAUCUGAUUUCACGUUUUCGGAGCGGGACUCCGUCAUGUUUGGGGAGAUAUCACCACACCAUGAAUACUUUGAUAGUAAAAGUUCAUCUGAAACCCCGCCCAGUUAUAAUCAGUUGAACUACAAUGAUAAUCUACAACGAUUUUUUGAAAGCAGACCUGUUAUGAAUGUCACAGAAUCGUCCAGGAUUCAUUCGUCCGGCGGAACAAAUACGGAAACAAUCGAUGAUCAAAGAUUCAGUGGGGACGGGGGAGAGAGCGGUGGUAGUGCAGGAAACUUCAGCUCCGAAAGUAAUGCUCAAAUGGAUAGUGUUACAAAUACUACCAGUAAUACUGGUACUUCAUCGGGAAGCUAUCAACCUCCGAUGUUGACCGAGGAAUUACUUUGCAAGCACAACGAUGAUAUGCAGAAAGUGAUGCUUAAGAAGCAUCGUGAAGCAAGAACUCUGGCGAGAGGAACAGAAAAGAACAAGAAAGGAGCUACCGAUAAGACUUAUACUAAUAUUUUGACGCAAGGAGUAAAACGUGGCUCGUCCCAUUCUUGGGAGGAAGACAUUCACAAGACCUUCAAAAAUCAGCACAACCCUGAUAACACAUUUGACUUCCAAACGCAGACACCCCAGACAAACGCCACACCUAAAACAUCACAGGUGCAGCCUUCUACGGAAACCCACACAUCGGUCGUAACCACAACCGCAGUUGCCGUAGCACCUCAUUCAAAUUCGGUGGCCAACGCUUACCCUUUACCUCGUGCUGUUGAAUUGUGCCCCCCGUUUUCCGUGAGCGUUACAACCAUACAGACCACCCAGAACAACGCUACCACCAGCAUCAUGCCAUCGAGUAGCAUUUUCCCUACAUUGUACUACAUCCCAGCACCACCUCAGCCACCCCCAACGAGCUCCGCCUUACAGCUGCCUCGUCUCAAUUCGAUAACUCUCCCGUACAUGGCCGGUGUCAUGUACCCGCAUCCGCAGCUCUAUCAACAGUCCGUGCUUUAUCCUCCAAUGAUGUACCAUGCAAUGCCCUACCAACCGAUCCCUCCUCCGUGUGGCCUAGCCACCGGCAACCGAUCCCAGCAACCCUCGCAACAACAGCCGCUACCACCAACAUCGCUAGCAUCAAAUCAACACGCGCAACCAAGGUUCUACGAUGGGUCUGGUCUCUAUGAGACUCCAAAUUUUGCAAGCAGCAAACAACCGCUCCCAAGUAACCCGUCACCGACCUUAUUUCAGCGACCGCCCUCUCAGGCCACCUCCGUCAAAGCAGAACCCGGCUCCAAUAUGGGAAGUAUUGCAUCAGCAUCAAUUGCUAACCGGGCCUUUUCAGAAUCGUCCAAAAAGGGAAUGAUAGACUCGCGAAGGAAUUCCCAUUUGGAGGGAGACUUUGCUCAGGACGAUAUCGAAAAAAGUAGAUCUAGGGGUAGCAAAACACCUGGCCCGUUGUGGGAAAUCAGCGACGAUAUGGAUGAGUCCAGCUUUUCCAGCUUUUACUCCAGUUUCCUGAAAACCGACAACUCGUCGGAAAGUAACUGUGCUGAAAAGAAGGAAUCGACCGAAAUGCUAUGGGACAAUAGCUCAAACCGAACCAGUCGAGCAAAACGCCGCCCCAAUCCUCCUUGGCUGGAUAACGUCUGCCAGACCAAGGAACUCUUCUUCCAGUAUCAAUUAACUGAGAGAUCUACGCAAGAAAUCUUAGACGCUGAUAUGACAGCACUGAAAACUCUAAAUCAGCCAAUUCUAGUCAAUGAGCAACUGGAGCAGCUCUACCUGGACCUCGAGUUGGAAGGUCUGUCAGCGAAACUUUCGCUUAGCGAUGCCACUUCCGGAAGCAGUAGCGACGAUUGCGAAGCCCAGAGUAGAGUCAAGAAAGCCAAGCGAAACAUGAAGUACAGCAAGUUGGUUAUGAUCUACGAGGAGAAUGCCCCGUUCCCACCACCGGUGACGGUCGGCAACAGUAGCAAAUAAACGCGUGGCGGAGAGGGCAACCAGUCCACGUGCCAACAUGCAAACGCCGGUCUAUACCAAAAACAAAGGAAGAGAAAUUAACUUUUCGAGCGUCAUCAAGGGUGACGCCGUCAUCGGGGUGACAAUGGGUCAAAUGGUGACGUGGAUGAGUCACUGUUUGAAUAAUUUAAAUGAAUGUAAAGCCGCAUGGAUGUAACGAAUCUGAGGACAUGAAAACUGAUCUAUUUGGCUUCUAGAACGAUUUUGUUACCCGACCUCCAAAUUGUCAGUGAAACCGAAGAUCCAAUCUUGCCUUUCUAGACCUAUUGUCAUUGCCGAUGGAGUUUUUAAUAGCUUGAUUGGACGAGAGUGAUAUUGAAUGGUGCCUUUUCGGUAAUUGGUUCGUAGUCGAAAAGAGAUUGUUCGUUAUUGGCUGACUUGGAGGAUCUUUACAGUUUUGAUUAAACUGAACGUAGGGUUACUGCUCCUAGACUUCAUCUCAUAGCUCCGAUAUUGGUCUCACGAAAAACAAAGCAAUGAAAAGGUAUCUGGUUUAUUUAUUAUUUUUGUGAUUUUUUUCAGCAGUGAGCACGCAUGUUAGCAAAAAGAAGCGCUGCAAUUGGUGCCGUAUUUAUUUGUUUCGCGAUGAGAUUAAUAUAUGUUCAGUGAGAUGGAAAACGGAACAGUUCCCCUAUACUAAGUCAAGUUAUUUGUUUCCCAAAACUAAUUGAUUGUAUUUUAGAUGGCUAUUUAUACUAACUAUGAUGCAUUAAAUUUUAGUAACAGAGAAUAUAUUGAAAAUAAAAAUUGCAUAUUAUUUAUUCAA